UUCAUACUAAAUCACUCGAGGUUUCGUGCGAAGGGAAAUGGAGGUUUAAAUUGUUCAAUGAAAUGACCUUGCUGUACAUUACAUUUAUUGUGCUAUCGCGAUACCAUGUAACAUAUGACUCGGUUGUUUUAAUGACGUUUCUCCAAGUUCUCGCAGUGGUUGUCACUUGCAAUUGUUUUUCAGUGCACUGACGUCCACGCACAGUGGCGCUGCUAUCACUUUUGCCAGUACUUCAGAAUGGGCUUGGAUUAUGCGGAACAAACACUUCCAUAAGAAGACAACCCCCUCACCACUCUACCAACCCCCGCAGGAGCGAGGAUGAUCCCGAUCCUGGUAAAGCGACCAUGGUAUGUUUUCUGCAGGGUCUCUUUGCAGCACAGAGCGUCUCUGUCACACCGAUUACCGAGGACUCCGCAGCUGUCUGGUUGGCAAGGGGGAGGCCUGCCCAACGUAUGGUUUCGCCUGCCAGCCUGGCGUGUAGCAUCUCCAUGUCUAGGCCAGCUACACUACUACUGUACCUCUGGUGACAGUAAGGAUGGGCCUCCUAAACCAGUGUCGGUCAAUGUUCCAAGCACAGAGAAGGUGCUGUCUGCCCCAACAGCAGCAACCACCCCAGGUGCAACACUCCUGGGGUUGACUAAAACGGAGACGAUACAGGUCAGAGUACGAGCUGUCCUGAAAAAACGCGAGUAUGGAUCCAAGUACACGCAGAACAACUUCAUCACGGCGGUGAGAGCCAUGAAUGAAUUCUGUCUCAAGCCCAGUGACCUUGAGCAGUUGCGGAAGAUUAGGAGGCGGAGCCCGCACGAUGACACGGAGGCUUUUACGGUCUUCCUGCGCUCUGAUGUCGAAGCAAAAGCACUUGAUGUAUGGGGAAGUCCUGAAGCUCUGGCCAGAGAGAGGAAACUCAGGAAAGUGGUUGAGCAGGAAUACCAAGAAACAGAUAUUUAUCGAAAUCAGCAGUUGCUGAAAGAAUAUAAAGACUUCUGGGGAAACACUAAGCCUAGAUCAAACGUGAGGGCCACGUUUCUACAAGGUCCAGGGAAAGUGGUUAUGGUCGCUAUUUGCAUCAAUGGGCUGAACUUCUUCUUCAAGCUCCUGGCAUGGGUGUACACUGGGUCUGCCAGCAUGUUCUCUGAAGCCAUACACUCCUUGGCCGACACCUGCAACCAGGCCCUGCUGGCCCUGGGGAUCAGCCAGUCGGUCCGCAACCCUGACGCCGUGCAUCCGUAUGGCUUCUCCAACAUGCGGUACAUUGCCUCCCUCAUCAGUGGAGUGGGCAUCUUCAUGAUGGGAGCCGGUCUCUCCUGGUACCACGGCAUCAUGGGACUGCUUCAUCCACAGCAGAUGGAGUCCCUUUUGUGGGCCUACUGUAUCUUGGCUGGCUCAUUGGUCUCCGAAGGAGCUACAUUACUAGUUGCCAUCAAUGAAAUAAAGAAGAGUGCCCGUGAACAUGGAAUCUCAUUUUAUGAAUACGUGAUGCAGAGUCGAGACCCCAGCACCAACGUGGUGCUGCUGGAGGAUGCUGCUGCUGUUCUGGGGGUCAUUAUGGCCGCAAGCUGCAUGGGGCUCACCUCCCUCACGGGUAACCCCUACUACGACAGCCUGGGGUCCCUGGGGGUGGGCACCCUGCUUGGGGCCGUCUCAGCCUUCCUCAUCUACACCAACACGGAGGCCCUGAUUGGACGAUCCAUACAGGCUGAGCACGUGCAGAAACUCACCGAGUUCUUGGAGAACGACCCGGCUGUCAGGGCCAUCCACGACGUGAAGGCCACUGACCUGGGCCUCAGCAAGGUGCGCUUCAAGGCGGAGGUAGACUUUGACGGCAGGGUGGUGACGCGGUCGUACCUGGAGAAGCAGGACAUCGAUCAGAUUCUCAACGAAAUCCAGCUGGUGAAGACCUCGGAGGACCUGGAGAACUUCAUGCUGAAGCACGGGGAGAACAUCAUCGACACCCUAGGGGCGGAGGUGGACCGCUUGGAGAAGGAGCUCAAGCAACGUAACCCGGAGGUUCGCCACGUGGACCUGGAGAUCCUGUAACGUCAAGUGGAGCUCCGCUAAAGGAACGGCUUUGACCGAGGCCACGUCCCCCUGCUGUUGGAACAAGCAGACGAGAAGCAGGGCCAUUCCCCUUGCCACCCCGCAAAGCUGCCACCCUUUUUUAUCCUGCCAUUGACCCUUACAGCUUAGCCUCCCACAGCUUACCCCUCACCCAGCCUUACUGCAGUGUAGUGCUAUGGCCAGUCAGCAGUCCUUGGAAAGUGUUGUGUGUAUGUCCAACUUUGCCAUCGGUUAGUGGUACUUGAUCAUGCAGAUGUGCUUGGGGUGUUCCUGUCUCUGUGUGUGUGUGCGUAUGUCGAACCAGUCUUAACCAGUCUUUUCCUUGACUUUUCCAUCUUUUCGACUUCUCGUAGAGCUGUUUCACGUUUGUAUCUCGACGUGUGUUCCCGUUCCGACAUGAAUGUGUUUGAAUUGGGUUGAAGGUUUGACAUUUUCAAACUGCAAAUAACAUUAGUGCUUCUUUUUCUUUAAUAAUAUACAUGUUGUAUACAUAGAUAAGGCUACUGUAGGUUUAUUAUUAGUACAAAGGAACAAUUGUGAUUAACCAUAUAAAUAAGAGACUAAUGACUAUUAUAUUACUUUAUAGUCAAUGUACUGAGUGGAUGAACCACAACACAGAAACUGGUACGCAAAUGAUUUGAGAACCCAGGAGCAGCACUUAAGAUCACUCUCACAUUUCUAAGAGCCUAAGUCUAAGAGCAUACUAAGGAAGACGCACUUGAAAAAGGAUAACGAAAAAUAAUGCAAAUGUGAACUUGUGUCCAUACUUUGGACCUAUGCUCAAAAAUCUCUUAACUGCUUGUUAGCAAGAUAUUAUUCACCAACCCCUCCCCCCCUCCCCUCCCAUUUUCUGCUUAUGCAUCUUCUGGAAGACUAACCGCUGCUGCAGCAUACGCAUCUAAUGCAAGGGGUGGCAGGCUGUCAUUGUAUGACUCGAUUGUAUUGUUCCAAAGAGUUCCACUGGAUGGCCCUCUUCCAGACUGAGCCAACGCAGUGACGCCCGGUUUCACCUGUAAAUAAGGGUCCGCUACAGUUUAUAUUUUAUCUAUGAUUUCAUUUGGAGGGAGGUGUGUGGUGGUGUACAUUAUGGACAUGGGUUAACCGAUGGACAAUAAAUCAUAUUUUGACUUGCCGAACCCGA